AUGUAUCAGCAUUCUACCUACCCUACUCAACCACCCACAUUUCCAUACAACAACAACAGCACCAACCUUCCACCUGUUUCGAGCAGCAUGAAUAAGGCUUCAGCACAUGAUCCAAUGGGUAGUCCACAUCAUCCACUAGCAAGACCAGCAUCAUUGCCAUCAUCCUAUUACCCAAAAUACCCAUCGACAGGCAACAAUAAUGGAAGCAGCGAGUAUCCCUAUGGCAACACCAACAAUAAUGAGCAAAGUGGCAAUGCCAACAGCACAUCUCGAUACGGCUUUGGUGCUACUACUACUAGCAGUACGAGUAGCAGCAUGAUGGAUCGACCUGUUGGUGACAACAACACAAGCAGCGGUGCACAUUAUGAUAGCCCAGUCCCACGUAACUGGCAGCAGCCCGAUCCAUUCAGAGACUACAGCCACCACGAGAAUAAUACUGAUGAUGGUGGAAGUGGAGGUUUAUACCAUACAAACAGCAACAACAGCCAUGAAAGCAACAACAAUAACAAUAGUGGCAGCGUUGGCCUCCCUACAAGUCUUCCAACACCUACAGGGAUUGCAACUUUGUCCUAUGGAAACAAUAGCAACAACAAUGCAAGUGGAGGGGGAUCAAGUUACUUUGCACCACCACCGCCAACAACACCAGUGCCACCUUCAGCAUCAGCUAGCAGUACCAGCAGCAGCAACAACAACGAACGACACUUGUAUCAUCCUUAUGCAAAUGCAGCUGCAGGAAGCCGGCGACAUUCUGCAAGUAACAGCAGCCAUUUGGGAUACUCAUCGUCAUCGUCACAUCAUUCAAGUAGCUAUGCAGGACUCCCAAGCUUUGGGAUCCCACCACCCCCUGCAAGACAUGCUCUUGUGCCACGCCCCAAGUUAACUACGACAUUAUGGGAAGAUGAAGGCACCAUUUGUUAUCAAGUGGAUGCAAACGGAAUUUGUGUGGCUCGACGACAUGACAAUGACAUGAUCAAUGGCACCAAGUUGUUGAAUGUAGCAGGCAUGUCACGGGGUAAACGUGAUGGUAUCCUCAAGAAUGAAAAAGGACGCGUGGUUGUCAAGGUUGGUGCGAUGCAUCUCAAAGGCGUGUGGAUCACGUUCCAUCGAGCCAAAACGCUUGCAACACAAUACAAGAUUGUAGACAUCUUACAACCCCUCUUUGUGGAUAAUCCAAGCAACUACUUGUAUGCAUCACCUAUUCAUCAUGCACACCAUCACAGCCAUGCAGCAGCUGCAGCCGCCGCUGGCAUCGCUGGUCUACCUCCUGCAGGCUCUGCUUCCACACCUGCAGGAAGCCGCAUCGAUAGUGGUUUCUCCUCAUCCACAGCUUCUGGACCUUCCGGUGCUUUUCGACAUACCGGUGGUUUAGCAGCAGCAGCAACAACUACAACAGGUACCGAACCGCAUCAUCACCACCAUCACCAUCAUCCAUCAUCCUCAUCACCUUUUCAGCCACCUCAUCAAGGCUUACGACCCAUGAGUGAACAAUUUCCACCAGCAACAAGCACUGCUGCUCCAUCUGCAUCUUCCUUACUCAAUAAUGCUAGUAAUGGUGCAAGUAGCAAUGACGUGUAUAAUUUUGAGUAUCGUGGUGAAUCGUCACCUGCUAUGGGUGGUCUUGUAUCAAGCAACAACAAUAAUCCACCACCACCACCACCUCAAGGUGGUAGCAGCAAUCUUUCAAAUUAUCAUCUUUACCAUCAGCAAAGUGGAAGGCUGGCACACCCACCGCCACCACCACCACCAUCUGCUGCUCAUGGCACCAAUCCUUGA